AUGGCGGGACGACACGAUUGGCCAGUCGCUCACAAGCCCCGUGCCCUGGUUGGCCCAACACAGCGCGGAAGCGGGGAGUUAAAGAGUCUGUGCCUGUCGGGAAGCUGGCCUGGCCCCCGGGAGCUCCCUGGAGUCGGUAUUGGGGGCUUCGUUUUGUACGCACCGUUUUCUCUCUGUGCUAUGGGAGAUGUCAAGGAAUCAAAGAUGCAAAUAACACCAGAAACUCCAGGAAGGAUCCCUGUUUUAAAUCCUUUUGAAAGUCCUAGUGAUUAUUCUAAUCUCCAUGAACAAACUCUCGCCAGUCCUUCUGUUUUUAAAUCAACAAAAUUACCAACUCCAGGGAAAUUUAGAUGGUCUAUUGAUCAACUAGCUGUAAUAAAUCCUGUAGAAAUAGACCCAGAAGAUAUUCAUCGUCAAGCUUUAUACUUAAGUCAUUCUCGAAUAGAUAAAGAUGUGGAAGACAAAAGACAAAAAGCCAUUGAAGAGUUUUUCACUAAAGAUGUCAUCGUACCCUCUCCUUGGACUGAUCAUGAAGGGAAACAGCUUUCACAAUAUCAUUCCAGUAAAUGCACUAACACAAAUAGCGACUCUCCAAUUGGAAAAAAGCUGACCAUUCACUCUGAGAAAAGCAAUGCUGCUUGUCAGACAUUGCUGUCUCUUCCUGUGGAUUUUAAUUUAGAAAAUAUAUUAGGUGACUAUUUUAGAGCUGAUGAAUUUGCAGAUCAAUCUCCUGGAAACCUCAGUUCUUCAUCCCUCAGAAGAAAGCUGUUUUUAGAUGGGAACGGAAGCAUCUCUGACUCCUUAUCUUCGGCUUCUCCCAGAAGUCCUCAUAGUGGUGUUCAAACAUCACUUGAGAUGUUUUAUUCAAUAGAUUUGUCUCCUGUAAAGUGUAGGAGCCCCUUGCAGACACCAAGUUCGGGGCAGUUUUCUUCUAGCCCUAUUCAGGCUAGUGCAAAAAAAUACAGCUUGGGAAGCAUAACUAGUCCUUCGCCUAUUUCUUCACCCACUUUCUCACCAAUUGAAUUUCAGAUAGGAGAGACUCCACUCUCAGAACAAAGGAAGUUUACUGUUCAUUCUCCUGAUGCUUCAUCUGGAACAAAUUCUAAUGGGAUAACUAAUCCAUGUAUCAGAAGUCCUUAUAUAGAUGGCUGCUCGCCAAUUAAAAAUUGGUCUCCUAUGAGACUUCAGAUGUAUAGCGGUGGUACUCAGUAUCGGACCCCACUGAUUCAGAUACCUUUUACUCUUGAGAUUCAAGGUGAAGAUGAGGAAGAUAAAGAGAAUAUUCCUUCCACAGAUGUCUCGUCACCAGCCAUGGAUGCUGCUGGAAUACACCUACGGCAGUUUAGUAAUGAGACUUCUACACAUGGUACACAUUUGGUUGUGACUGCCAUGUCUGUUAUACAAAAUCAGUCCAGUGCUUCUGAGAAAGAAUUAGCACUGUUGCAGGAUGUUGAAAGGGAGAAAGACAAUAACACUGUGGAUAUGGUUGAUCCUAUAGAGACAGCAGAUGAGAACACUUGGAUUAAAGAGCCGGUUGAUAAUGGCAGUUUACCCAUGACUGAUUUUGUGAGUGGCAUUGCCUUCAGUAUUGAAAACUCUCAUAUGUGCAUGUCACCUCUUGCUGAAAGCAGUGUCAUUCCUUAUGAAAGCAGUAACAUUCAGAUGGAUAGUGGCUAUAAUACGCAGAAUUGUGGAAGCAAUAUUAUGGAUACAGUUGGGGCAGAAAGUUACUGCAAAGAAAGUGAUGCACAAACGUGUGAAGUUGAGAGUAAAUCUCAAGCAUUUAAUAUGAAGCAAGACCACACAACACAGAGGUGUUGGAUGAAAACAGCAAGUCCUUUUCAAUGCAGCAGUCCAUAGAAUACCUCUGUCAGAAUCAAAGACUAAGCUUAAGAGUUCCUCGCAUAUAUCAUGCUGCACAGGAUCAAUGUGAUGGUGACUGGGAAAAAAUUACUUCAAGUAACAUGCUUAGCUUUCCCUCCUUAAUGUGAAAAAUCAAGGGCUUACUGACAUAGGAACAACAGAAAUGCUCCUGGAACUUCAAGUUGCUGAAUUAUAAGUUUAUUUUUUAUUAAUAAAUAUUUUUAUACUUACA